GCCAAUAGGAACAGGUGGUUGUUUGUGAGUCUGUGGCUAUAAAACCUGCUCGGUGCAAAGAUCAGUCAUCAGCCUACCUGAAGGUUCCGACAACACUUCUGCUGAGCUAUUCUACGUUAGGCAGACCCUUCAGAUCGUGUGGCCAUGUUGCUGCUCCUGUCCGCACUGCUGGUGACGGCAGCGGCCGUGACGCCCACCAUUAACCAGGCCGACAUCAAAUUCCCCCAGCCAUGCUGGAAUGACAAGGCCACCAUCCCCACCUUCCUGCACCAUGGAUCCCCCAUGUACCUGUCUGGGGAGUUUGUCCCCAGAUGUGACGACCACGGCAUGUACGACUCUGUGCAGUGUCACGGUGUGGAGUGCUGGUGUGUUACUCCCUGUGGGGAGGAGAUCGAAGACACCAGGACCACCGACUGGCCUGUCUGCGAGACCUACCAGCUCCCCUGCAGGGACUUGGAGAGGUCCAGUGGACACACCCCAUCCUGUGACAAGCACGGGUUCUUCAUGGCCCAGCAGUGUGAUGGGGACGAGUGCUGGUGUGUCACCAAGUGUGGCCAGGAAAUCACCGGGUCUCGCACCCAGGGAAACCCACACUGCAGCCAGUUCUUCAAGAGGGAGAGGACCCACAGUCGCCAGUCUAAGCCCAACGUGUGCCCCGAUGGUGUCAGCCCUCAGCGCUGCUCCAGGGAGGACAUCUGCAAACACCUGACCUGUCCAGGCUUCCCCGACGCUCUCUGCAAGCCCAACAAGUGUGAGGGCUGCCGUCCCGAGUUCUUCAACAACAAGGGCAAGAAGAUCACAUGCUCUGAUGAGAAACUUGGGAUCUGCCCUGCUGUGUUUGAUGUGGAGACCUCUGAGCACUGCGAGCCUGAGUGCAGCUCUGACUCUGACUGCCCCGGUGCCCACAAGUGCUGCUUCAGUGGAUGUGCAACUCAGUGUCUGGCUCCCAAAAUCGAGAAGUUUGGAUUCUGCCCCGUGAAGAGCAGCUUUGAAGACAUGAGCUGUGAGGUCCGCUGUAACUCUGACUAUGACUGUGCCGAGGCUGAGAAGUGCUGCUCCAACGGCUGUGGACAAGUCUGUGUGUCUCCUGCUGUUCACGACAAGCCAAGCCAGUGCCCUGCGAUGUGGCAGAUCUCUGAGGAAAUCUGCAACGACGUGUCCCUGAUGUGUGAGUCUGACAACGACUGCAGCGAUGACGGCAGGUGCUGCAGCACCAAGUGUGGCAAGAGAUGCACCAGCAUCACCACCACAGUGCUGCCACCUUGUGAAGAGGAGAAGACCACCAUCCCAACGACCACCUUCGGAGGUGUGACCCUGCCUGUGCUCGGUCACUGGUACCCCACCUGUAACUCCUCUGGCUUCCAUACACCCAAGCAGUGCCACCCCACCAGUGGCCUGUGCUGGUGUGUCGAUGCCUGUGGUCGCCCCAUCGAUGGAACACACACCUACGAAGAUCUCGAAUGCAGACCUAAGAAUGCCCCCUGCCAUGAGGCGAGGUCCAACCUUCAGCGCCCUGGCCUGCGGCCUCUGCUCGGAGCCUUCAAGCCUCGCUGCAUGGAUGAUGGGUUCUUUGAGACAAAGCAGUGCCAGGGAUCCAUGUGCUGGUGUGUGGACAAGUGUGGCCAUGAGGUUCCCAACACCAGGGGUCAUCUCAAGGAUGUUGUCUGUGACCAGUGCCCAGACAACCAGAGAGCCUUCCACUGCCCCAAGAACCCAUGUGACGAUGUCAGCUGCCCUGCCUACCCUGAGGCUAGGUGCUUCCCAUCCAUCUGUGGUGGCUGCAAGGCUGAGUUCUACAUCGAAGUUGGGAGGAAGGUCCAGUGUGAUAUCGUGAAGGACCACAUGUGCCCCUUGAUGGAGGACAUGCCCCAGACUUGUGAGAAUGAGUGUGCCCAUGACGGAGAGUGCCCCGGGACACACAAGUGCUGCUCAAACGGCUGUGCAUCCGUGUGUGUCAGCCCCAUCACUGAGCAACGUCCCGGAACUUGCCCUGCCAUCACCUUUGGCAACAUCGGGUCCUGUUCUACCACCUGUUACAGCGACUCUGACUGCUCCGGGGUGUCCAAGUGCUGCUUCAACGGCUGCGGCAAGACCUGUGUCCACCCUGAGCCUGUUGUCCAUGAGGGUGAGUGCCCUGUCCAGUGGGACAAGACCUGCUCCGAGGAGAUGAAGAACCAGUGUGACGAGGACAGCGACUGUAUCGGCAGCCAGCGCUGCUGUGACAGCGGCUGUGGCCUGCGCUGUAUCUACCCAACUGAGACCAGGACCAUCACAUCCGACAUCGAGAGCAUCGCUGUCAACGCCAUUUUCACUGCCACCAUCACCAGGGAAAUGACCAGCGGACAGUGCCCACACCCAGACAACCUGGAGUGUGACCACCUGAAUGAGUGUCUGCAGGAUGAGGACUGUGCUGAUGGAAGCAUCUGCUGCAGCAACGGCUGCGGUUUCACCUGCACCCCUCCAUGGACCAUGGAGAAGUACGGCCAGUGCCCCAUGACCUCCGCUGCCUUUGACAAGAUAGGCUGCAGCCUGGAGUGUGAUGGUGGGAUGUGUAACCACCAGUGCAGCGAUGACGGUGACUGCCCCGGCUUCACCAAGUGCUGCAUGGAUGGCUGCACACGUGUCUGUGUCAACCCCUGGAUGUUUGUUCGUGAUGGCCAGUGCCCGAUGUGGACCCAGGAGGAUAUGGAGGUCUGCAGCACCACCUCAGAGUGCUCCAUCGACACUGACUGUUCCUCCGAGCAGAAGUGCUGCAACACUCCCUGUGGAGGAACCAUGUGCAGGAAGCCCGUCACUGAGUCCUUGGACACCUGCACCUUCCAAGGCCUGACUCAUCACCAUGGUGACAUGUGGAGUCCCGACGUCUGCACCGUCUGCAAGUGUGUGACCGGAGUGACUCGCUGCACCCCUCUGCACUGUGAUGCCAUCCCUGCUGGCUGCUCUCCCAUCCAUGUGGACGGCCAGUGUUGUCCCUCCAUCCAGUGUGAGACCAGUGCUGAAGCUGAUUGGUGUGAAGACGAGCGUAUGGUGAGGCACAUGCACGGCGAGCGCUGGUCCCUGGACAGCUGCAGCUACUGCGAAUGCAUCCACGGGCAGAUCACCUGCUCCCAGUACACCUGCACCAGUGAUGUGCUGAGGAACACCACCGGCUGCACCGUCAAGCACGUCCCCAGCAGGUGCUGUCCCGAGGUCGUCUGCCAGGACCGCUGUAUUGACCACUAUGGCCACCUGCGCUAUGAGAACGACAUGUGGUACGUGGAUGCCUGCACCAUGUGCUCCUGUGUGAAUGGGAAGACAGUGUGCACCGAUGAGAGGUCCAGCUGCACCGUGCCAGAUGAACUCCAUCCUGGAUGUACCCUGGAGAAGGUUGAUGGACAGUGCUGUCCCAAUGUCUACUGCCCAACGGAAGGCCGCAAGAUGAGCUGCUCUCUGAAGGAUAAGGAAGUCGGACACAGGAGUUCCUGGAGGCCCAAUGACUGCACCAUGUGUGAAUGUCGGGACGGACAGGAAUUCUGUGCCAACAUUGACUGCCCUGCCUUCUCCAACCCCCUGUUCUCUGACUGCAUCAAGGUCUACGUGAAGGGACAGUGCUGCCCAGAGACCAUCUGCAACAAAGCUGAGGUCUGCACCUUUGAAGGCCAGAGGUUCUUCGAUGGUGAGAUGUGGCAGCCGGAAAGCUGCAGCACCUGCCAGUGCGUCAACGGAACCACCCGCUGCAUCCAGACCACCUGCCCACUCACCCCUCCCGGCUGCCAGGCUGUACCCGUCAACGGGAAGUGCUGUCCUGACAUAGUGUGCCAGCCCCAUCAUCAUUCUCCCGUGUGCAAGGACACUGAAGUGAUGCACCAUGAAGGUGACAGCUGGCACCUGUCCGACUGCCAGGUGUGCACCUGCAGGAACGGCGUGACGUCCUGCUCCACCAUGGACUGCCCCGUGACUGUCGCUGCACCUGGCUGCCACCUGCUGCAGGUGCCUGGCCGCUGCUGCCCCAUGCAGAUCUGCAGGCCCCAGAUUGAUGACAGCUGCACUGUUGAGGAGACUGAGCUGACCUACCAGCACGGCGCCACCUGGCAGGAGGACAGCUGUACUACAUGUGCCUGUGUGAAGGGUGUGAUCUCCUGCAUGAAGCAGACCUGUACUGUCCCCAGGGAGGGCUGUAUUGUGGAGGAGGUGGAGGGACAGUGCUGUCCCACGGUCACCUGUCUGAAGGAAAAGCUGGGGAGCUGUCCCAUCCCGCUGUUUGACUUCCUGUACGAGUCUGACGACUGUGUUGAUGAGUGUGAGGAGGAUACUGACUGCUCGGGUUCAUCCAAGUGUUGCUACAACGGCUGCAGUUUCAUGUGUGCAACACCCUGGAUUGAUAGUUGUGUGGACAGCAGGGGCAGACAGCGCAGCAGUGGAGAUGUGUGGCAGCAGGAUGCCUGCACCAUGUGCUCUUGUGUCAACAACCAGUCUGUCUGCACCCAGCAGGAGUGCCCCCGUGCCCCCAAUGGCUGCACCACCCGUCACGUUGAGGGCCAGUGCUGCCCAACCAUCAUCUGUGAGGAGCAGGAGAACAAGGCCACCUGUAUGGUGGAGGGUGUGACCUACUACCACGGCAGCUCCUGGAUGUCCGACAACUGCACCACGUGUACCUGCAUGUUUGGGCGCAGCGAAUGUAACCGUAUGGAGUGUCCUGCCAUGCAGAGGACCGGCUGCCGUAGUGUGUACAUCCCCGGACAGUGCUGCCCUGAGACAUUCUGCCAGGAAGCUGGCAGCUGUAUGGUGGAGGAAGUUAUGUAUCUGGAUGGAGAGAGUUUCCACACUGAUGCCUGCACUACCUGCCACUGCAGGAAGGGACAGACCUACUGCCAGGUCCAGACUUGCCCAGCUAUCCCAGAGGGAUGUCAGCCCAUCACCACGGAGACGACUGAGACACAGUGCUGCCCCAACAUCACCUGUCCUCUGCAGUCUGCCCCCACCUGCCUGUACAGGGGAAUCCACUACAAGAACGGAGAACAGUGGAUGUCUGACGCCUGCACCAUGUGUUCCUGCGACAACAAGCAGGUGACCUGCCAGACUACUGGCUGCCCCAAGAUGUCCUUCGCCCCUGGCUGCCGUGCCGUCCGUGUGCCUGGACAGUGUUGUCCUGACAUUGUCUGCAGGGAUGUUCACAGCUGCCUGGAAGGUGGCGUGAAGUUCCUGAACGGCGAGCAGUGGCAGCAGGACGGCUGCACCAGCUGCCGCUGUGAGCACGGCAGGACCAUCUGCAGCAGCACCUCCUGCGCCCCCGCCCCCACCGGCUGCAAGUUCGGCGAGCACGUGCCCGGACAGUGCUGCCCCAACAUCGUCUGCCCCACACAGACCGGCCCCACUUGUGUUGAUACCAUCAACCUGGAGGAGACCCAGUUUGUCCAUGGGGAGUCCUGGCAGAGGGAUCCCUGCACCACCUGCACCUGCAUGAAUGGUAGAGUCCGCUGCCACACCCAGAGCUGCCCCAUGACUGUGGAGCCCGGCUGCAGGGCUGUGCAUGUACAGGGACAGUGCUGCCCCAAUGUGGUCUGUAACCAAGGUAAGGUUGGGCAGUGCCCUGUUGUUACUCCCACCCUGACUGAGGAGAUGUCCAUGAUGGACAGCUGUGUGACUGACUCUGACUGUGCUGGAACCACAAAGUGCUGCCACAACGGAUACGCCUUCACCUGCAUGCGCCCCUGGAUCCUGGAGAAGCCUGGUGUUUGCCCCGCCAUGGCCCCGUACACCAGCUCCUCUACUGUGUGUAACCUGGAGUGCUCCACAGACAUGGACUGUGUGGACAGCCACAAGUGCUGCGGAGACGGCUGCAUCAAGACCUGCGUCCCUGCUGUCAUGGACGUGUCUGUCCACCAGACCUUCACCAGGCAGCUCACAGGCUCUAAGUCUGGCAGAUGUCCCAACCUGAUGCAGAAGUACUGGACUCCUCUGAUGUGCAUCAGUGAGUGUUCUGAUGACAUGGACUGUGAUGGGGAGAACAAGUGCUGUUCCACUGGCUGUGGUCAGGUCUGCUUCAGCCCUGUGGCAGACACCACAGUGCCAGAGCAGGUGUGCCCACACAUCAAGUAUGGCACCUUCGGGAUGUGUGUUGAUGAGUGCAGCCAUGAUGACAUGUGUGCUCCCAACCAGCUCUGCUGCUCCAACGGAUGUGCCAGGACCUGCAUGGAGCCAGUCUCUGCCCACUGUGUUGAUGAGACGGGUGAGUCCCACAUGCAGGGCUCCACCUGGCAGAGAGACUCCUGCACCGUCUGCAGCUGCAUGAAUGGUGACAUCACCUGCCACACCUCCAAGUGCAUGCCUGUUCCCCACGGCUGCCUGCCUGUCCACACCCCCGGACACUGCUGCCCUGCCUUCGACUGCCCUAUCAAGGAGCGCCUGUGCACCAAGGAGGGUCAGCACUGGCAGGAAGAUGUCUGCACCAACUGCACUUGUCAGUCAGGGAAGGCCAUCUGCACCGCCCAGGCCUGCCCCCAGGUUCCCACUGGCUGCAAGCCCAUCUACAGUGAUACCGAGUGCUGCCCACGCUUCGAGUGCCAGGACAGCUGUAUGACUCAGAGUGGCUCUGUGAUCCCCGAUGGUCAGACCUACAAUGUGGACAAGUGCACCAGCUGUGUCUGCAGGAAUGGCAAGAGCAUCUGUACCCCCACCGUCUGCCCCACACCUCAUCCCGACUGUGAGGUCGUCCAUGUGGAGGGAGCCUGCUGCCCUACUGUUGUCUGUACUCACAUGGACAAGAAGCGCCCGUGCCACUUUGCCCUCCAGAAGGUUCCAUCCCUGAUGCUGAUGGGCAGGACUGUGCCCAUGACCGGAGUGUUUGUGCCAUCAUGUGACAUCAAUGGAUACUACAACGCCACCCAGUGUCACGGCUCCACCGGCUACUGCUGGUGUGUGGACCGCUUUGGUGAGGAGGUCCCCGGCUCCAGGGUUCACCACAGCACACCCAUCUGCAAGCCCAGCACCUGUGUCCACAACGGUCACAUGUACCGUGAGGGUGACCAGUGGCAGAAGGACACCUGCACCACCUGCACCUGCAUGGGUGGCCAGGCCAUGUGUCACAGCGACACCUGUGCACCUACACCAUCUGGCUGCACCCCUGUCAUCGCUGAGGGACAGUGCUGCCCACAGUUUGUCUGUGAAGACAAGUGUAUUGACCUUGUGGGCAAGGAGUGGUCUAUUGGAGAGAGCUGGCUGGUUGAGCAGUGCACACACUGCACAUGUGCCCGUGGAGACAUCAAGUGCCGCGUGGAGCAGUGUCCUCAUGUGGAGGUCGAGUCUAGUUGUCAGGUCAUCCCCAGUGAGGGACAGUGCUGCGCCAGCGAAGUCAUGUGUGAUGACAAGUGCGAGUCUUCCCACGUGGCCCACUGCCUGAAGAACCCGUGCCUGACUGCCACCUGCCCAGGCUUCCCCGACGCCAUCUGCAAACCCAACUACUGCGGCAGCUGCAAGGCCACCUGGGUGGACAGGUUCGACCAGGAAGUCAUCUGUCAGACAACUGGCCCCUGUGAUGCUACUGUGACCAAGCGUACCAACUGGAACACCAUGUGGAACCCGAGAUGUGCCGUCAAUGGUUUCUACACCCCCAAGCAGUGUGACAGUGAAGGGUCCUGCUGGUGUGUGGGGCGUGAUGGAGAGCUGAAGCCAGGCACACGCAAGGCCGACGGCAGCACUGUGGAAUGUAUUGAUGAGCCUCCAUGUUGGAAGGAGCAGCAGGAUAUCCAGACACUUGUGUCUCAGGGACAUGACAUCACCAGGGACCCUCAGUGUGACACCAGGGGGUACUACAAGUCCCACCAGUGUGACCCUGUCACCAACAAGUGCUGGUGUGUGGAGAAGGACGGCCAUGUUGUGCCUGGAUCAGAGACAACCACUCACCAGAAACUCAGCUGUAGCAAGCCUUGCUUUGGUCAGAAGCCCCAAAAGGAGACGUGUACUGAGUAUGGUAGCUGUAGUGGCAACAACUUCUGCCACAUCCUCCCUGGUAAAUCUCAGGGCUACUGUUGUAAGCCAAGAGCCUAAGAAGUCCUGACCGGUUGAUCGAAACACCAACAGACUAGGAUAUUUUAGGACUUGACUCCAGCCAUAUUCAGUAUAUUUGUCUAGAUUUUUUACUGCGUUCUCGCUGUUUCACGCCUACAACUGCAUGUCGUAUUGUAUGCUUUGUGGUGAACUCUCUGAUUUGUUGUUACAGUUUGUAAUUUGUGCAUUUGGUGGUAGUUAGUGUUACCGUUACAUGUCAUAAUGGAAUAUUGAUGACAUCAGUUUCUGUUCUUAUUCCUCUAUGCAAAUAAAGGUUUCAUAAAGCAUUA